GCCGGACGCCACGCGGGCCGAGACGGCCGCGCUGCUGCGCGAGGCGAUCCUGCUGAAGCUGGAGGAGGACGAGCUGCAGUCGACGAGCCGGGAGCUCCGCAGCCGGCUGGCGGCAGAGCGCGGCGAGAUCGGGCGGCUGCGCGACACCAUCCAGGAGAUGGAGACCCUCUACAAGUACAGAACGUACUCUGUGGACAGCAGCGACGACCCAUCUGGCGAGGACAGCGACGAUAGCGACACGGAGGAGGACCUGGUGAAGCAGCUGCUGGAGAUCGCCCGGCACAACCAGCAGUUGGAGGCUAAGAACGCCCAGCUGGUGCGCGCCAUCCACGAGGAACGGCGCUGUUGCCAGAAGCGGCGCGCCCAGAUCAGGUACCUGGAGCUGCAGGCUACCGUCGGCGGCCGCGGCCCGGACUGACCCCAGGUUACGGCUGGGGUCGGCCCGGACUGACCCCAGCUCACGGCUGGGGUCGGCCCGGCCUGAUCCCAGGUCACGGCUGGAGUCGGCCCAGACGGACCCCUGAUCACGGCUGGAGUCGCCCCGGCCUGACCCGGCAGCGGGUCAGGUGUCCUCGACCGGGGCAGACCGGCUCGCCGGGGCAGAGUGCCGCGAGCGCAUGGGCAGAGUGCCGCGAGCGUCUGGGUAAAGUGCCGCGAGUGCCGGGGCGGAGUGCCGCGUCUCGGCUGCCGCCGCCAGUCCGGCCGGCCCCGAGUCACAGACUCUGAGGCGGGCGGCCGAGGCCCGCCGGAUCGGCGAGAUGGGGGCGGCGCUCACGGCACGCGUCGGGCCCAGCUGUACCGUGGAGGUUUAGAGUUGUGUACUCGCGCAGCCGUGUCGACCAUGUAGCGUUAGUGGAGCGCAGAUAUAUUUGUUUAUUUGUUUUUUUUUAUUUUAUCGCCAACAGAGUAGUACUCCAAUAACAGGCGAAGUCGUUUAAAUAAAACACAGUAAACACACA